AUGACAAUCUCUUCAAACCACACCAACCUUAGAGAUAUUUGGUACACCAUGAUUGGGAUCCCAGGACUGGAAUAUGCACACAGAUGGAUUUCCAUUCCCAUCUGUUUCAUGUACAUGGUUGCUGUUGUAGGCAACGCCUUCUUUCUAUUCCUGAUCUUCACUGAACGCAGUCUUCAUGAACCCAUGUACUUUUUCUUGCCCAUGUUAGCCCUGGCAGAUAUCUUUCUCUCCACAGUCACCACACCAAAGAUGCUAGCAAUCUUCUGGUGCCAAGAUGGGGGUAUUUUUUUUGGUUUCUGUGUGUCCCAAAUGUUUUUUCUCCAUUUCAUCUUUGUGGCAGAGUCUGCCAUAUUGCUGGCCAUGGCGUUUGACCGCUAUGUGGCCAUUCGUUAUCCAUUAAGAUACAGUACCAUUCUAAACCCCUCAGUCAUUGGAAAAAUGGGUAUUGCAUCUCUGAUUGGAAGGAGUUUCUUCAUCUGCUUCCCCUUGGUUUUUCUGGUUUAUCGACUUACUUACUGUGGGAGGAAUAUUAUUCAUCACUCAUAUUGUGAACACAUGGGCAUUGCCAGGAUAGCCUGUGAUAGUAUCAAAGUCAACAUCUACUAUGGGGUGAUUGUGGCCCUGUUUUCUACAUGCCUGGAUGUGGUGCUUAUCAUCAUCUCCUAUGCUCUUAUACUCUGUACUGUGUUUAGAAUUCCUUCCCAAGAUGCCCGACUCAAGACUCUGGGUACUUGCAGCUCCCAUGUCUGUGUUAGCCUGCUAUUCUAUACUCCAGCCUUUUUUUCAUUCUUUGCUCACCGAUUUGGGGGCCACAAUAUACCACUCCAUGUACACAUCCUCCUUGCCAAUCUUUAUGUGGUGGUACCACCCACUCUCAACCCCAUCAUUUAUGGAGUUAAGACCAAGCAAGUUCAGGAGAAGUUUGUCCAGGUCUUUUCUGUGAGCAAGAAAUUCUGCUGA